UCCUCUUCCUUUCUAGCUCAGUUUCACACACCCCCUCCCUGUAGCUCGAGCGCAACGCAACGCAACGACGCUCCCGCCUCCAGGCCUGUGUCCUGCUCGAUCGGUCUGAUCUGCGGCUACAGCGCCGAUAAGCUCGUGUAGCAGCGAGACAAACCAGGCCUUUUUUUUUCGCUCGACACUAGUCCUUUCCCCACGGGCGCGAGCACGGGCUCCGUCGUCGUCGUCCCAAGCCCUUCCUGCAGCUUCGUCUGCUACCUCUGCUGGUCGACCGGUUGAUCCAGGUCCAGGCAACAAUCGAUGGGGCGCGCGCCGUGCUGCGAGAAGAGCGGGAUGAAGAAGGGGCCGUGGACGCCCGAGGAGGACGAGAAGCUCAUCGCCUACAUCAAGAAGCACGGCCAGGGCAACUGGCGCACCCUCCCCAAGAAUGCCGGGCUCGCGCGGUGUGGGAAGAGCUGCCGGCUGCGGUGGACUAACUACCUGAGGCCGGACAUCAAGCGCGGCCGCUUCUCCUUCGAGGAGGAGGAGACUAUCAUCCAGCUCCACAGCAUCCUCGGCAACAAGUGGUCAGCGAUCGCGGCGCGGCUGCCCGGACGGACGGACAACGAGAUCAAGAACUACUGGAACACGCACAUCCGCAAGCGCCUGCUCCGCAUGGGCAUCGACCCCGUCACCCACGCGCCGCGCCUCGACCUCCUCGACCUCUCCGCGCUCCUCAAGCCCGCCGCCGCCGCCUACUACCCCACGCAGGCCGACCUCGACACGCUCCGCGCCUUGGAGCCGCUCGCCAACUACCCGGACCUCCUCCGCCUCGCCUCCACCCUGCUCUCCUCCGGCCCGCCCGCGAUCGGCGACCACCACCAGAACGGCCAGCUCCUGCCGUGGAUUCUGCAGGCGCAGAUGGCGCAGCAGGCGGCGGCUGCCAUGGCGCAACAGGUGGCGCCGCCGCCGCAGCAGCAGGCCGAGCAGUUCAUGCAGGCCGGAGCCGCGUGCCAAAUGCCGGACCUGGUCCACAUGAACUCGAACCCGACGACGGUGCAGCAGCAGCUCGCGGCCGCGCAUCAGGACAUGGCCGCGGCGGCUUGCCACAGCAUGCAGCCACCUAAUAAUACGGGCUACGAGGUCGACAGCCUGGACGUCCCGGCGCUGAUGCAGAUGGUGCAGGCCGCCGACGCGUCGAACCUGCAGCAGUGGAGCAGCACGGUGACAAGCAGCAGCAACAACAACAACAACAACAACAACAACGUCGGCUCCGGCGUGUCCACACCGUCGUCCAGCCCGGUGGCGCGGUUGAAUCACUCCACCUCCACCACCACCACGACGUACGGCGGCGCGAGCGCGAGCACGAGCAACGACGCCGCCGCCGCCGCCGCGCUGUUCAACAUGCAGCUGUCUGAGCUCCUUGACGUGAGCGACUACAUGUAACAACGACGGCCAAAAAAAUUCACAGGAGCACGGGGACCUGCUGAUCCGUGGAAACUAGGUCCAACACUUCAUCACGUACCGCAACGGGCGGCAAAACGAAAAUCUAUCUCAGGACGGACACGGACGCAUUUUUGUACAGGAUUUGUUGUUGCACCUCCUUUAUCCAGUUGUUCGUUCAUGAUCGAUCAGUGAUUAAUUACUGUUUAGAAGCUUCCCAGAAUUUCUACUACUGUAAUUUUCGUCUAUUCUUUCUUUCAAUUAGCUAGACUUGUGGUGCGUGUCAGUGUGGGGAACCACGUACGGCGAAUUCGAAGGUGUCCUGGCA